UACUCAUGGUGGUGUGUUGCUGAGCAGCAGCCAGUCGUAUUUUUCCCCUCGCCGAGCUCACUCUCAUCCUCUACUCUGACUCUCUCGGCUCCGCGGACAGACGAGACCUCUCCUCUCUUGCUCCUCUUCUUCUCUCUCUCUCCUCUUCCUGUCUGUUAUUUCAUUGCAUCUUCUACCUUUAGCUGUUUUUUUUUUUUUUUUUUUUUUUUUUUUUACAUUUCUCCCUCUAUCUCCCCCCACCCCCCCGUGCCAGGGGCAUUAGUGGGGGUCCCAGAGAGUGUGUGUGUGGGAGUGAAAGUGUUGGGUUUCGGGAUGGAAGCAAUGGCACUAUAUACGUUUCGUGCCACAGAGGGUGAUGAACUCAGUUUCAACAAGGGAGACUUGCUCAAGAUCACCAACAUGGAGGAUGAUCCUAACUGGUACACAGCUGAGCUCCACAACAGAAAAGGCUUUGUGCCGAAAAACUACAUCAACCUGCGGCCACACGCCUGGUUUGCCGGUCGUAUAUCUCGCGGUGUGGCAGAAAGUCGACUCAAACACAGGGAGUGCGGGGCUUUUCUGGUCCGAGAGAGUGAGAGCGCCCCUGGAGAGUUCUCCAUGUCUGUCAGUUAUGGGGACCACGUUCAGCAUUUCAAGGUGCUGCAGGAUCGCUGCUGUCAGUACUACGUGUGGGACGAGCUCUUCUCCUCUCUGAAUGAGCUGGUGGAGUUCUACCAUAGCAACAGCAUCGCUAAGGAGAGGACCGUCUUUCUGAGAGACCCUGAGCACUUCGCCAGGCGCCCCCAUCAUGCCCACGCUCUUUUCGACUUCGCCCCCCACCAUCCGUCCCAGCUACGCUUCCUGCGAGGUGAUGUCAUCGAACUCAUGGACUGCUCCGAUUCGCUGCGCUGGAGGGGCCGCUGCCACGGACACGUAGGCUACUUCCCCCCGGAGUACGUCCAGCCCAUUUACCACUGCCAAUGACCUGGCACGUCAAUCAAAUACACAGCCAUUCCCACAGGUUCAUCAGUGAGCUGUCAUGACCCCGUCCCCUCACACUGCUCCCCCGCUGUGCACUUGCCCAUUCACUUUUGGAGAACUGACGUGCUGCAACUGCACUGCUCAUUAUGUAAAUGACUCCUCCUGUUUCCCCAUCGUGAUGCCACCUGUUAAUCACAAGCCUUGCCCAAUCAGCUGCUACAGGCUCAUCAAUCGCUUCCACUUGAUCCCACAACUCCACUUACUCUUUAAUCAUGUAAAAAAAAUAUGACUGGACCUAUACACUGUGGAGAACUCACAUACUGUAAAUAUGCACACACAGACUGACAAUCAUCCCCAGGCAUAAUCAUUAAUAGAGCUUAUUAGCACUGGUGCAGGCUGAACAAAAGCAACACACACACACACACACACACACACAUACCUCAUGAAAAAAGAACAGUGUGUGGCUCAUAGGAGGUUGUGGAGGAAUGGCAAGGUUUUCUCGGCUGAAGAGGAAUUAGGAUUUGCUCCAGUACUUUGCUGCCGUUCCCACGAAGAGAUCUGGUGAGCUGAGCAGAGAGA